UGCCUCAUCCAAUUUGGCCACACUGCUCCGCGUCACUUUGUUUAUAAUUUCUUUGUUCCCGCGAUUUUUCAAAGCUUCUUUACGUGCAAAAUGAGUUUUUUGAGCAACAGCGGCACGGUUCAUGUGGAAGUUCGCGUGAAAAACGAUUUUCGCAUUAGUGAAAUUCGCAAUGGUCUAGAGCGAGCUUUGCUGGUUUAUUUUCAGUCGGCUAUCAAUUUGCCCAGAAAUUUGGCCUAUUUGCCUGACAUUUUUGCAGAUCAGCGUCAAUACUUGGAGAGCGUGCUUCUGGAGCGCGACAACGGCAACGGCGAAGCAUGGCAGGACACCGAGGAUACCAAGUACCGCUUCCAUUUCUAUAUAACCCAGCGGGUGGAGCCAACUGGUGGACUCUUCCCAGCAGGGGGCAGUGGAGAUGCGGAUGACAUUGAUAGCGUCGUGGCGGCCAAUCAUGUCCUUCUUCCCGCCGUUCAGUUUGUGGGCCUGUGGGAGAACCUCAUCUACGAGACCGGUCUGAAGGAGAAGCUCCUGAAGUUUGCUCUGUCGGCACUCACGUUCUCGCAGCACCGCGUGGACAUGAAUGUGAUCGCCUGCAACCGACUGUUAUUGCUCCAUGGACCACCGGGAACGGGAAAGACGAGCCUGUGCAAGGCCUUGGCCCAGAAGUUGGCCAUUCGGACCCAAGGAAGCUAUGCUUACACCCACCUGGUGGAGAUCAACAGCCACAGCCUGUUCUCCAAGUGGUUCUCGGAGAGUGGCAAACUGGUGGCGCGUUUGUUCUCGAAGAUCUCGGAGCUGGUGGCAGAUCGCAACAAUCUGGUCUGCGUACUGAUCGACGAGGUGGAGUCGCUGGCCUACGCCAGGAGUGCCAUGUCUAGCAACGAACCCAGAGAUGCCAUGCGUGUGGUAAACGCGGUGCUGACCCAGCUGGAUGACAUCAAGGCCUGUCCCAACGUACUCAUCUUGGCCACCUCCAAUCUGGCUCAGAGCAUUGACUUGGCUUUCCUGGAUCGCGCCGACAUGCGGCUGUUUAUCGGCUAUCCUGGAAUGCCCGCCAUUCGAGCCAUAUACAAGGGCAUGCUGGCCGAGCUUAUGACAGCAGGAGUUCUGCAGCGCGAGGCUCUGGAGGCGGAGGAUGCAGAGGAGGGUCUACUGACUCAAUUGGCUGAGCGGAGCAUUGGACUGAGCGGCCGUACGCUGCGUAAGCUGCCCCUUUUGGCCCAUGCCCAGUACACCAGCAGCGACCUCUUCGAGCUGAACCAAAAGAUCAGCCUGUCGGAUUUCCUGGACGCCAUGCUGGAGGCCUUGGAGCAGCAUUUGACCGAGCAGCGCCUGCUGAAAAUCGAGUCCCUGGAGGAGCUAUAAAGCAGCAGCAGAGUUCAGACGAAAAAAUGCAUUUACUACACCUAUUCUAAGUCCAUCAAAUGCGAUACUUUGUAAACUUCAAUUUGCUGCCAUGAAAAACAAUUCGAAGCAGAGGCACGGGUCCCAAUCCCUAUUCUGUUUGCUGCCUCGUUUCAUUUGCACACGA